GAAACCUCCUCAGCUCAUAACAUCACCAUCACCACCACCUCUUAUCCGACGCAUCAGUGUCUGUCUACUCACGAGAGCUUUUACAAAUGAGCGAUCAACAUUAUUACGAGCUCUACCGUCGUUCUUGGUACUCGACAAUUCCUUCUAGCCACCCCUGCUGUUUUGUGACUGCUGCUACUUCUGCCAGCUAACGAGGUGCGUAUCUUAGCAUUGGAGUGUCCCUCAUGGACGCUCUCGACGAUAUGAUCAGCAAGGGGCGUCUCACUCCACAGCUCGCCAUAAAAGUUCUGUGCAACUUCGACCGAGGCAUUGCUGAGGUCCUGGCGAGUAAGGUUAAGGCCAACUUGAGUUUCAAGGUUCGAUUUUUUUUUCUUUUUCUUGGUUACUUCACUACCCCGUCCACCAUCACAGAAGCAAACAGGAGAGGGAUGUAGUGGGCUAACCGCUGUGGGGGUGUGUUUUUAGGGUCACUUGGAUACGUAUCGUUUCUGUGACGAUGUUUGGACCUUCCUAGUUACCGACGUUACGUUCAAAUUCCCGCAAAAAGACAAGCCCACGGUUUCUACUCGCAAGGUUAAAAUUGUCUCAUGCAAUUCGAAGAAGCCGGGGGAGCAGUAAAGGGCGGAAUAAUAUAAUAAUAGGUGGAUGAAUAGACUGCUGGCUGAAGGGACUGGAAUGGAAAGGGAGGGAGGGAGAGGAGGUUACAUUUGGGUAGCCUCCUCGCCGAGAGCAAGGGAGAAGGGAUCAUCCGAUUUAAUGGCUGUUGCUUUUCUUUUUAAUUUUGUGGAUAUUCUUUGUCCCCUCACGGCACUUGGUUUGAUUACUAUUUUGCGCUCCCUGAACAGAUUACAACAGCGGCAGAAAUAUAUGACAUUAGCUGC